UGAAUGCCGACUCGGUGGACCUGUACAGUAUAGAUGGAUGUAUCCGGCAGAGAGGAGCCUUGGAGUAUUCAAAUCUAAUGUGCGCAACAAAGCGGCUCCCGAGGGCUGCAUUGCGGAGGGCUACAUAGCAACUGAGUUGGUGACGUUUUGUUCGAGAUAUUUAGAGAAUACACCAACCUUUCACAAUAGGAUACAAAGAAAUCUGGAUGGUUCAAAGGGAAAUGGAACACGAGUCCGACUCGACCGAAUCACAAUGACACAGAUACACCGGUAUAUUAUGUUCAACUUGGACGAGUUUCAUCAAUUGCGGAUGAUGCACAUAGAUACGCUUAGGCGAUCAUGCAAUAGGGGACGAACAACAGAGGCUCAGUUGGAGACCCAACAUUAUGACUUGUUCUGCGAGUGGUACCGUGACUACGUCGAUCGAUUGGACGAGCGAUCCAGGAAUGAACUUGGUGACAAAUUGGUAAUGCAUUGUAGAGGGCCGAGGGAGGCAGCAGUCAGAUACAAUAGAUAUGUGGUUAACGGCAAGCUGUUUCGCACUAUUGCAUCUGAUGCCGGAAAGAGGACUCAGAACAGCGGGGUGUGUGUGCCGACUCUUGAUGGCGACACGUACUACGGGAAGUUAACGGAAAUAGUUGAGGUUGAGUAUUACGACAGGACUAAGUACGUUAUGUUUAGGUGUGAUUGGGCAGACAACACGAGGGACAAGGGGUACAAGGUGGAUGAGUAUGGUAUAGUACUUGUCAACUUCAAAAACCUUGUCCACACGGGAGACCUGGUUUCUGAUGAGCCGUAUGUGCUAACUUCACAAGUUGACCAGGUAUUUUACGUACAAGAUGAUAGGUGCCCAGAUUGGGCUUGCGCAGUAAGGACCAAGCCUAGAAACAUAUACGACGUUGGUCAGGUUGAAGGACAUCAAGAUUCAUGUGUCAAUUACCACGAGUGUGAGCCUCUUAUUUUGCCCAGAAAUGUUGAUCACGAUCUACAAGAUCAUAUCGAAUACGUCAGACACGACUUAGAUCCAACCGAAGCGGUACCAUGAGUACAAGGGGGAAGAGGAAAGCACGCAGGGGCUCGUCCGCAGUGCGGCAGUCUACGUCGCCUGGGUCUCCGGCAG